UUGGAUUGCCAUUUACAUAAAUAAGAUGCUCUAGCCACAAAAUAAUUAUCAGAUCUGUUUUAAAAAAAGGCACUGUUUUCACCAGGUACAUUUUAGAAGAUGGAAUUUCCUGCUCUGCCUACUUGGUGGGGGUCAUUAACAUUUUAAGUUUUGUACUAUUUUUAACGUUUUAAGAUACAUUAAAUGAUUAAAUGAAAAGAGUGGGACAAACACUGUAGACAUAAUAUAAAUAGAAACAUGUAAUCAAAGUAUGGUGCAGUUUUUCUCAGGGCUAUAUCAUUUCAAAAUUAGACUGAACGAAAAGGUAUCAUAUGAUUGAAAUAUCUGGCUUUUUCAUGUUAAAGAAAAGUCAUUUAUUUAUACCAGUAUAAAAGAGAGAAAGGUAGUUUAUAUUAAUUUCCCCUCUUGUGUUAAUUUUGCAUUUACAGGAAAAUAUUUCUAAAAUAAGACAGUUACUAGAAAAAUACAAUUCACUUUCUACAAUUAAAAUUCAUGCAGUUUAAAAACUAAUUUUGUUCUGAGACAAAAAUUAGAGAUGUUUAGCAUAUGACCACUAUCGAUGCAGCAAAGUUUAAAAUUGAAGAAUGCAAAAAAGAGGAAAGUUGGCUAUAUUGAUAUAUGAUGAAGCUGUUAAAAAUAUUACUCAUGCUUAUGAUUGGAAAUCAGACUCUCUUAGGAAACUUGAAUGGCUUGUACAAUCAGCUGUGUUGCUUCAUAAUCUAAAUAGCUGACACAUAAUCAAUCAUCAUGAAAAAUUUCCCACUGCAUUAUCAAAAGGUGAGACUUACCAGUAAGACAGAUCCUUUCCAGAUCCUUGUGCCUGCAAAUAAUUAUGCCUCAGAACUGUGUGAGCUUUCUUAUUUCUAGGCUAACAUUUUUUACUUGCAAUAAAAAAAUUGUGAAAGCAAAUCAAGUCAGUUGAUUCAAGGAUUCUCAGACUCAAGCUAAUCAUCUCAAUGUGGAUGUGCAGUGCUGUUUAUUUUCUUUUUUUGAGGGAUUGGAUUUUCUAAGCCCCAGAUAUUUAGAAAAGCCACUAAUCUCUAGUUACUUAUGUCAUCUGGCUACUAUAUUCCUACUGUGAGAGAAGAAGUUCAAAUUCAAUCCAUUAACUCAACUACUUUAUUCCAAGAUCCCACAAUAAACAGAUUCGUUGGGAGAAUACAGUUUUAGGUAUAAUUCUGUCACUCCUCCAAAGAACUAUGUUGCUCUUGUGAUUUCCAUCCAAGUCACUCACUGUCAGAUGCUUUGAACUGCACUCCUUGCAAAAUAACUGCUUUAUCCUCCCUCAUUUGCUCACUCUCUCCCUCCCACCUGAAUGCUCAGUUCAGCACUUGGACAGUUAUGAUAACAGGCAGUGUUUGCAAUCUAUUCUGGUCACUGUGAGUUAUAGUGACAUAUAAGCCAAAGGGCUCUAAAAUGUAUGACAAAUUAAACCUCUGAGUAAUCCUAGUAUUUUGUUAUCUUUCUAGUCCAGGUUAAAGGUUUACAUGUUCACAGUGUUUUCCUGCUCAUAUCGGUAGGUGCUGAUUUGAUUUUCAGUGGAGACUUCCUUCAAGCAAGAUCACCAUACUUGGCUUGUUGCCCCAUGGGAGUAAGAGCUAAAGUUGUCUAAGAGGGAAAUACAGAGCUCAGGCAAAAGCCACAGCAAAACAUAACCCUUCCUACUUUCAGAUGCUUCCUGAUGCAUCGGCAAGCCCAGAAGUUCUAUUUAAUCAUCUAUAAGAGAAAGAAAAGACUGGAGAAAUAUCUGAGCUGAUGAGAAGCGUCACUUAACGCCAUCUAACUCUCAAAUUGGUCAUCUGAGACUGGCCUAAUAAGAACUCUCACAUUUUGUGGACCAACUCUCUUUUAACAGGAAAUAGAGGUGAGAGAAAUACAUAUUGAAAGAUGAGGCUAGAAUCAGCUUUAUGAAUGAAUGCAUGAAAUAAUAACAGAUGCUGAAUUGGAGAGGAAUGUAAAAGUAGCAUGUGAGCUGUCUGUCAUCGGGGGAAGAGGAUUUUUUUUCAAACCUGAACUUUGCACAUUUCCCCCCUUCUCUCAUCAGUGGCAAAAAGAGCUUUGGGAGCAUUUUGUGCUGCACAAUGACUUAUUUCUUGUCUUAUUGCAAAAGACACUGUAGUGCUGUAUUGUCUCAAUACCAAACUCUCCGAAAGGAAGGCUUGCUCUGUGACAUUCUGUUAAAAGUACAAGAAAAUGAGUUUCCUGCACACAAGUCUUUGUUAGCUUGUUCCAGUGAUUACUUCAAAGCCAUGUUCAAGAAUUAUACCAAAGAAUCAAUGGCUGCUGUUGUUCAUCUGCAAGUUGUCUCAGCCACUGGAUUGCAACAUGUUCUGGAUUUCAUUUAUACAUCCUGGCUGCCUUUGUCUUUUACCACCUUGGAAGAUACCUUAGAAGCUGCUACUUACUUACAAGUACCUGAGGCAAUCUGUUUAUGCAGCCAAUACUUGGCUAACAAUCUCAAUCUGGAGAAUUGCUGUUUUUCAGCCAAUAUUGCGACAAAAUUUUAUCUUCCAGAUGCUGUAUCUGCAGCAGAAAAAUAUCUUAUUAUUAAUCUCUGGAAACUACUAGACCAGGAUUUUGCAGGUCUGCUGGAACUGAAUUUCCAGUCUUUGAAAGCAGUAAUAGAAUCUCCUGAUAUACUUAUGGUGAGAGAAUUUAAUUUGUUAGAUCUAUUAUUAAAGUGGUUAGCAUAUGAUAAAUUGAGGCUCAUCCACACUACUAAUCUUUUGGAACAUGUAAGAUACAGUCUCAUUCCCGUGAAAGAUCUGAGAAAUAUCUACACUCAGUCAGAAGUGCUCCUAACAACUCCUGUAAAAUGUUUAAUUAGAAAAGCAAUAAACUAUCAUUCACUUAUUUAUAAACAGCCUAUCUUGCAGGAUAAAUACAGCACUUUGAGAAACCAGAAAAUAUGGAUUAUCCUGCUUGGAGGUAUGAUUGCACAUGAAGGACUUGUCACAGAAGUGAUGGCUUUUGAUGUUUACAAUCACAAGUGGCAAAAUUUAACACAGUUACCAGAUAGAAUACAAAAUCAUUGUGUAUGUACUAUUGGAAACUUUCUAUAUGUGCUUGGUGGAGAAAUCGAAGAUAUGCAAAGUGAUCCUAAAAGUCCUAUCUUGAAAGUUACAAAUAAAGUCCAUCGCUAUGACCCAAGAUUUAAUAAAUGGAUACAAAUUACUGGGAUGCAGGAAAAAAGGUGUCAAUUUUCUUGCUGUAUCUUAGAAAAUGCAAUCAUUGCAAUUGGUGGACAAAGUGAAGAUAAAAAAUUGCAUUCAUCUGUUGAAGGCUAUGACAUUAGCAAAGACAGGUGGACAAAGCUUCAUGAUUUGCCAUGCAAAGUACAUGGCCAUGCUGGUACGGUUUGUAAGAACACUAUUUAUAUAUCAGGUGGCAAAUACAUGGGUCAAAGUAACCCAAGUAAAGAUAUGUAUGCUUUGAAUAAUUUUGAAGGGGAAUGGAGAAAACAAGCUCCAAUGAGCAUUGCUCGUUUUGGGCACCAGAUGACCACAAUCCGAGAUUCAGUUUUUACAUUUUUAGGUUUUUAUGAACCAUUCUCUGAGAUUGAAAAAUAUGACCCUGACCAGAAUCAAUGGACCCGUUUAAGGCCAUUGGUAUAUGAUCGAUAUAGUUAUGGUUUAGCACUAGUGGAGGAAACAGCCAUUCUUAUUGGAGGGAAGAAAUGGCAAGACUCUCAGGAGAUUCCAACUCAGGAUGUUGUAGGUUAUGAUAUUGAUAAUGACUGUUGGGAAGAAAUCUGCAAAUCUCCUUUACCUUGGUAUGGAUUGCAGUGCGGAGUGCUAGAAUUGUCUGAAUUAGUAGAAGGUAAAGACAUUCAGCAGCAAAAGCGACCAAAUGUUGAGAUUUCCUAGUGAUUGAACUGGAAAACAAGGAUAAUGGAAGGAUACAACAUGGAUUAUUAGGGAUUAAACAAUCAUAUAUAUAUAUAUUACAAUCUAUAUAGUUAAACAUAGGUAUGUUACUAAUUAAAAUAGCAAAUUAGCAUGUAUGAAAUUGUAUUUUUGUUGCUAAUAGGGAGUGGAUGAAUCUAAGAAAUGCAAUGUUGAGGUUUUCACUAUGCUAUAAUAGGACUGACCUGAAAUAGGGACAAUAAUGUUUUAUGAAAAACAAGUUACAUACUUCUAAUUUUGCAUUUUUGUGUGGUCCACGUUUGUUUAAUAAUGCUAGUUAAUUCAUAGGAAUAUCAUCUUUAUUUAACCAGGAAAUAAACAAAUAAUUAAAUAUGAUUGUAAGAGCUGUUGUGAUAUCAGGAAUUCUUAAUUGUCUUCUUAUUCUAUUUAAAGGUACAAUUAUUCUUUUUCUGAUUUGCCAACUGUUCUUUCUACAAUCUAGUCUUAUCAAAUGGCCACAUAACAACAUGUUCUCAUGCCUAUAUAGUUCAUUAUUUACAUACAUAAAUAGGCUGAUCAUCUCAGGAAAAAGCCAUUUUUCAACGAUUAUUGAAAUGCUAUGUGGAAUUACUUUGGAAAAUGUAAUUAUAAACAUCAUGUGAAAACAUUUUCACUCCCAAAUAUUCAGUUGUGCCCUCCAUUGUUUCCAUUUGGUAAAAUUUAUGGAGCAGAAAAAAGCCACAACUACAAAUAAUUGUAAAAAUGUUGUUUGUUAAGCAAGGCAAUAUAUGUAAAUGUAUAGACAGUAGUGUCUGAAGGUAUAACUCUCGUAUAGCUAUGUUCUGUGUCCUAUUGGAUCAUGCUGUUGGGAAAAUAUUUGUUACCUACACAUUAAUAAAAGCUGCCUAUGUAUAUAUUAUAUAUGAUUCACUUUUGACUACAAAGGGCAUAAAUAGCCACCUCCUUUGUUACUGCUGGAGUAGAAUUGUAUGUUUUACACUUCUCUGUACGCCAGUGUGAAAUCCGAGAAUAAAUGAAGUUUAUAA